GGUGUGGUGUGGCCAGAUGUGUGACGUGGUGAGUGAGAUCGAGCUGGAGAGAGAGCGCUGUGACAACAAAACCUCUGGGAACGUCACGGCAGGUUGUCAAGGGAUGUGGGAUAUCAUCGCUUGUUGGCCGUCUGCCAGGGUGGGAGAGGUCAUCACCAUCAAGUGUCCGAAGUACUUCAGUUACUUCUCUGACCAUAUAGUCAAACAUAAAGGUAACCUGUCCAAGACAUGUACCUCAGAGGGUUGGACUGAAAUGCACCCACUGGACAUCGCCCUGAACUGUGGUUAUAACGCCAACAACACUGGAGAUGAAGGGAACUUCUUCUGGCAGGUGAAAAUUGGUUACACUGUUGGACACAGCAUCUCCCUUAUCUCCCUCAUCACAUCGAUAGUCAUAUUGAGUGUCUUCAGGAAACUCCACUGCACUAGGAACUACAUCCACAUGCACCUGUUUGUGUCAUUCAUCUUGAAGGCCAUCGCUGUGUUUACGAAGGAUGUGGUUCUGUACCAGGUCGGAGAGGUUGACAACUGCUCCCCAGGAUCCGUUGGCUGCAAGGCGGUGAUGGUCUUCUUCCAGUACUGUAUAAUGGCCAGCUUCUUCUGGCUGCUGGUGGAAGGCCUGUAUCUCCGCGCCCUAUUGGCCGUUUCCUUCUUCUCUGAGAGAAAGUACUUCUGGUACUACAUUCUGAUUGGCUGGGGAGGGCCAACCAUCUUCAUCACAGCUUGGGGUGUGGCGAAGGCCUACUAUAAUGACGUGGGGUGCUGGGACAUAAUUGAGAAGACUGAGAUGUUCUGGUGGAUCAUUAAGACACCAAUCCUGGCCUCCAUCCUGAUGAACUUCAUCCUCUUCAUCUGCAUCAUCAGGAUCCUCCGGCAGAAGAUCAACUGUCCAGACAUUGGAAGGAACGAGUCCAACCAGUACUUGAGGCUGGCCAAGUCCACCCUGCUGCUGAUCCCUCUUUUUGGGAUCAACUUCAUCGUGUUUGCCUUCAUCCCAGAGCAGGUGAACACAGAGCAACGGCUGGUCUUCGACCUCAUACUGGGAUCAUUCCAGGGAUUUGCGGUUGCUGUUCUCUACUGCUUCUUAAACGGAGAGGUGCAGUCUGAGAUGAAGAGGAAGUGGAGGUGGUGGAACCUGCAGCACCACAUGGGUUCUGACACCACUAAGCACCAGCACCCCUCUAUGGGGAACAGUACCGGCACCACUCAGAUCUCAAUGUUGAGCUGCAGCCCAACGACACGCCGCGCAUCCGCCUCCUCUCCCCUCUCCCUCCUCUCCCCCCUCUGCCAGGACGACUCCUCAAUGAUCUGACACACAGAGAAAGAGAGAGAGAGAGAGACACACACACAUACACACACUCAUGCCGCCAAACAUACACUCGUAAAACUGACUAUCCUACCG